AAAGGCUAGGCUGGAUGAGGACAGGGCCAGUGGGGCCAGUGCCUCGGACUGCAAGGGGGGCUCCAAGCCUCAGGUCGCGCACACAGUGCUUGGCCCAAGACUUCCAAAGGAAGUUGAAUGACAGCGCCCUUAGUGCUCAGUGCAAGCGGACCACCGGGCCCCUGUGUGCUUAUUUGGUUGAGCGAACCACUAGGGCCCCCCAGACCCCUGUGUGCUUACAAUGGGAGGGCCCGCUGGAAAAUGUGAGCCAACCACUAGGGCCCAUAGACAAAAGACAUGUGCCCCGUGGCCUCAUGGGACCAUGAUCCUGCCCUGCAAGACCGUGCUCAUAAUUAUUUCAAGGAAGGAACUACUCAUCCCAUAAACCAUUGCUAAUGCUUUUCUUUCACUUUCAGAUCAAUGGUGUUUAAGUUUAGAUGAACUAGAAAGAUUAUGUCCAGUCAUUAGUGAGGGAUGAGAUGGGUUGACCAUUUGACACAAUAGAUUUCUAGCCAUCAAAAUAAGAACAGGUCAGAUACUUUGAACUAUCUUAUCACGUUUCCAUUUUGGUUAUAUAAAUGCGACCAAUUAGAGAAAUAUGUCUAUUUAACCAUCUGUCUAAUCUUGAUUUACAUUCAUCCACUUUGUUUCAUACAUUUAGAGUUUCACUUAUCUUAGUAUCUUUUUUAUUGCGUACACCUACAUUUUUGACAGUAGUUAUAAUAGGGACACAGUACCACAUGUUGCCACAAGAUGGUCAUCAUGUAUAGCUAAUAACUCACACCCUUAAAUUCAGUUGUAAACCAGACACUUUGAUAAAUUAAUCUCUAAUUUGAAUUGGAUUUGAUUGGAUCCUGCUCAACACUUUUUGGAAACAAGGCUGUGUUGAUGUUGAUGUUGCACUAGAGCCCUGGUCGGUGCAACAUUUGUCUCAGAUAAAUGACUGACGUGGAAAAAAUGAAGCCCAGUGUACCCAUGCCUCUGAGAAAGAUCGGUUGCCAGUUGCCAGUCAAAGAGGAGUUAGAUGGAUACUGAUGGUAGAGAAUGCGAGCUGGCCAAACUGCGAAGACAGUUCAGGAUCAUAGAAGGAGAUCGGCUGGCCUACAAUAUUCAGGCUCUGGAGCAGAUCCGCAAACAACAGCAGGCGAUAGACAAGCUGCUGGAGGAGCAGGAGGAGCUGCAUGGAAAGCUCAGUGUAUCUAAGAGAUUGUCUGGCCAACAGCAGCACAGUAAGGACACCGCGAGUCUUCGGGCUUUGCUGGAGCAGACGGACACGCUGGAGGCGGAGCUGGGGAAAGAGAAGCAGUGUCAAAAAGUCUUAGAAAAAGAGAUCUCCAACAUGCAGCUGAAGCUGGUGAAGCUGAGACGAGGGGAGGCCAUUACCUGUGACACACAGAGGUGUGAGGCGCGGCGGACUCUGAAGGCCGCACGAACGCUGGAGUGCAAACUGGACAGAGCGUUGACUUGCUUAAAUGAACAACUGACCAUAAACCGUCACCUAAAAGAGGAGUUGCAAAAAUGUCACAUUGAGUGUGCCAAUUUUCAGCAACUACACAGCAGGCUGGACAAGGAGCUGCAGGGGCUCCGCAAGAAGAUUGGCGAACGUAUCAACCUGUCCACUGCUGCUUUCGAUGCCAGGGUGGAGGCCCAUUGCAUAAUGACCAUGAUGAGGGAGAAGGACCUUCCGGAGGACGAACUGGGGCAAAGCAAUCGGGCUGAAGCCCUGAGGGUUCAAAUCAACUGGUUCCAAGAAGAGAUGGAGAAAUUUGGAGUGGAGGGUUCGCAACCAGAGGAUGAUCAUCGCUCUUUGCUGAGAAACAUGUAAAAACAGAUGUGUUAAAAGUAACACAGAGUGUGUUCAUAUCAACCCAACCCCCGUGUCUAGUUAAGGACAACGCAUUGUGUGUUGCUUUCAACACAAUCAGUGCGUUACCACGUUUAACACAUGCUUUGUGUGAAAUAUUUCAACACAAAGAUGUGUCAGAAAUGUGUUGGGGUUAUGUAAUGUUUCAUCUAAAUCUUUUUUUUAUUAGUCUUUUGAUUUUCCUUUAAAUUUUUCCAACCUCGUGAUUAGAAAGCAGGUGUUGUAUACGGCAGUGAAGUAGGUUUUAGGUUGGGUAUUUGACAGACAUUCCCUCUGGAUGUAGCGGACUCUGAGCAGUUGCCACAGGGCUUUCACCGAGGGACCAUCAAUAAAUUCCCGUUUGAAUGGUG